AUGCCGAUUCUAUGCGAGAUAUGUUCUAUCACCCUUAGCGGCCCAGUGGAUCAAGCGGCACACGUUUCUGGACGGAGGCAUAGGGCAAACGUUGCAGCACAGGGUGAAUCUACUAAUAAUAAUGGCGUGCCUCAAUCACAUAUACCUGAGCGUGGCCGCCCAAGGACGAAUCCGGCACCUCCUACCAGUUCGCGGCCAAACGGCCUCAAUGCAACUGACCCAAGCCGACCUCAACGUGGGUCUGGCUUCAAUGCUCGUCGAGGAAACGGGGCGCCACGAAAUCCUACACAAACCAAUAGACCCCCUUUGGAUAGCUCUGACACAGGCGCUCCGCCUCGUGCUACCCGAGGGCGGGGGCGUGGUCGAGGGCGUGGUCGAGGACUACCAGUUGGAUCUAGGGCACCGCCUCGCGAGACCAACAAUGCGAGGUCCGAUCUGGAUGCACCAGUGCCCGUACGGAAAAUCUAUGCCGUGGACUUUGGAGUUGUUCCAAACACAGAUCCUACAAAACAGGAAGGGGCGUACGACUUCAUAAUUCACGAGUCCCUUGUGAGGGGGCCGACCGUUCAAAUUGUAGCCAUCAAACCGUCUCGGAAGCUUAGCGUCAAUGGAUUUUCAUUUCUUGGCCUGUGCUCCUUAUCUACAGAGAAUCAAGGCCAGCAAGGCCAUGGGCUCCGUUUCGAAUUCAACCCCCAGGCUGUUAAUCGAGGGGUACACAUUGUACGAGUAAUAGUCAAGUAUACUCCCCUCGGCGCGCGGCCUGGUCGUAAAUAUCUGAAGCUGAGGGCUGUGAUAGGUUCUCCCGAAGAUCACCAAACGCUUCAGCCAGUUGCAGAUUUUGUACCGAUGCGCAGAGAAGAACUUAAGGAUGACUGGCAUAAAACUCGCAUGAUUCGAGAGAAAUCGACACAACACACCUUGGAUUUUGGAAAAUUGGAUUACUACGACGUCCCUUCCGAAUUUUGGAACCAAGCUCAAGAUACUGUGGAGAGUCUUUCGAAUGCUGAGAUUCACUUACGAUCGCAAUUGCCACAUGAAAUCAACAUACAGACAUACAACAAGCACUGGAAGUAUUUAUUAUGGCACGAAGAGAUCGCAAUGUGCAAUCAACUCAAGCAAUACGAUAUGAAGAAGACGACGAUAGAAAAGCUUUCGAGCGGGAAAUACUCUCUUAAUGUACCCGGACUGGAAGAAAAACGGCCUUCAGUAAUCGUGUCCGACCUCGUUGCUAUUAGGAGUCCGCCCCUUCGCUUUCACUCGAGGACGCCAGUCUAUGGAGGCAACGUGGUCGAAGUUCAACGCUCGGAUGUUAUCAUGCAACUUCCAACAGACUUUCCUCAUGUCGAUGGUCAGGAAUGGGAGGUUCGUUUUACCGUCAAUCGGCUCGUUCUUCGGCGCAUGCACGAUGCCGUUGCGAAGGCUUCCGCCACGUUUGAGCGACUACUCUUUCCUGCCCCAUCCCAUGUGAAGCCUCGCAUUCCUGCACGUUCGAAUCUCAGUAUCGACCGCCGUAUUAGAUCAAACGAACGACAGAGAAUAGCAGUCGAGCAAAUUGUGGAGCUAGCUCCGGGUGAUAUUCCGUUCAUUAUAUUCGGCCCCCCUGGUACUGGGAAGACAACCGUAGUCGUUGAGGCGAUUCAUCAAGUUGCGAAGACUAAUCCCGACAGCCGCCUCCUGGUGUGUGCACCGAGCAACUCCGCGGCGGAUCUAUUGGCGACUCGGUUGUCUCAAUUAUACACUCCAAGGCAGCUCCUGAGAUUGAAUGCGCCGACGAGAUCGUACGAUGCACUACCUGUUAGUUUGAGGAAAUACUCUGUAUUAGAAUCAGACGGGAGAACAUUCACAGCACCGUCUGAAGAUAAACUGAAGGGAUUCAAAAUUGUUGUAUCAACGUGCUUCUAUGCAUCAGUUCCGAGGGCUCUGAGGAUUGAAAACCAUUUUACGCAUAUCUUCAUCGAUGAAGCAGGGCAUGCAUCAGAGCCGGAAAUCAUGAUACCGAUACUCCAAAAUGCAUCUCCAACUACAAAUGUUAUCCUUUCUGGUGAUCCCAAGCAACUUGGUCCGAUUAUUCAAUCGAAAGCUUGCGAGGCGCUCGGGAUGUCUGUCAGUUUCCUGGAGCGCAUGACCAAGCGACUUGUUUAUAGGAUUGAACCCGGCAGUGGCGAAGGAUCAAACAUUGUGAAACUAUUACAGAAUUAUCGUAAUCAUCCCGCCAUCUUAAGGUUCUCGAAUACCGUCUUCUACGGAGGAGAGCUUCAAGCCUGUGCAGAUACAGUCAUAUCAUCCCGCCUUGUCCGGUUUCAUAAGCUCCCUCAACAAGGGUUUCCUAUCAUCUUUCACUCUAUCUGCGGCGAGAAUCAGCGUGAAGGCAGAUCUCCCUCGUACUUCAAUAUUGAUGAAGCAACUCUGGUUAAACAUUAUAUACGGGCUCUUAUUGACGAGGGAAGCUAUGGGCUGAACUCCAAUCUCGUCGGUGUUAUUGCUCCUUACCGUCAACAGUGUGUCAAGAUCCGACAGUUGUUGAAUAGAGAAGGAUAUGGAGGCGUGGAAGUUAAGGUUACCGAAGAUUGGCAAGGCCAGGAAAAACGAGUCAUCAUUAUCUCUACUGUUAGAAGUGACCCAGAGUUACUCGAGGAGGGUGCUCUAAAGUUCUUAGGUUUUGUUACGAGCCCAAGGCGCACCAAUGUCGCUCUUACCCGAGCACAAGCUUUAGUAAUUGUAAUUGGAAAUGGGCCUGUACUCUUACUAGACCCGUUCUGGAAUUCCUUCAUACGAUACGUACAUUCAUCUGGGGGAUGUGCAGGGGACGACCUUUCAGGCUUCAUCGAUCCUCAGGGGGAGUGUGGUUCUGCGAUAUUUGAAGAUAUGAGGAGAGAGAAUCCGGACUACAUGGAUCAAAUCGACCAUGACGAGUUGUGGGACCCAUUGAGGAUUGCUUCACAGAGGUGGCGCUCGUGA